GUUUGUGUCUGUGACAAUGAGCCAACGCACAUUUCCUGUUUUAACAUUCUAUGCCAUCAUUGGUUCAGUCAAUAUAGUGGAUCGACUUCUAGCCAAUCAUAACCCCCGUUAUUUUAAGGUGACUGACUGUACAGCGCAUGCGCAAGUUGCAAGCCAGUGAGACAUGAGAAAAGCUAAGAGUUGUGGAAGCUAACGGUGAAAAUGGACGCACAGAAAGAUUUGCAGCCGCCCAAGCAGCAGCCUAUGAUCUACAUUUGUGGAGAAUGUCACACUGAAAAUGAAAUCAAGGCUCGAGACCCCAUCAGGUGCAGAGAGUGUGGCUACAGGAUCAUGUACAAGAAGAGAACAAAGAGAUUGGUUGUUUUUGAUGCCCGGUGAACAGGAUGAAUGAAGCAGAUUUAACUUUUCUUUGGUUCAGUAUUUAGUGUGUGAAAUUGUAAAUAAAAGGACACUUAAGCCUGA